CAACAAGCAGCCGGGUUUGUCCCGCGCGGAGGGCGUAUAAGAGGCUAGGCCUCCCACCUCGGUCGGCACACCUCGCAUCCGACCGCCGAAGAGACCCUCCCGCCAGCCGAAGACAUGACCCCUCUGCUGCUACUGGCCGCCGCGUGCGGCUGCGCGCUGCUGGCCUCCGCCCAGCCAGCCGGAGAGAAGUACUCCACCAAGUACGACGACGUGGACCUGAAGGAGAUCCUGGCCAACAAGCGCCUGCUGGACAGCUACGCCAACUGCAUCCUCGACAAGGGCCCGUGCACCGCCGACGGCAGCCUGCUCCGGGAGGCGAUCCCCGACGCGCUGACGAACGGCUGCGCCAAGUGCAGCGACAAGCAGAAGGAAGGCGCCAAGACCGUCAUCAAGGACGUGCGCGACAAGCACCCGGCCCUGUGGCAGGAGAUGAAGACCAAGUACGACCCCAGCGGCCUGUACGAGAGCAAGUACCAGAAGGAGUUGGAGGGCCUGUGAGACCUCCCGCCCUCCUGCCCUUCAACCUUCUGUCCGCGAGACGGCGCGAACAUCGGCGCCAUGUUUCACAUUUCAAGCCAACGGCAAAAGUAACGGAACAUCCAACACUUUUGACCUUAUCAUGUUGUAUCGUGUAACUAUUGUAGCUACCUGGAUGACUUAACUCAUAGCCAUAGAUGCUCCCGGGGAAGUAUACGAACCCAGUUUUACUGCAAACACUAUUUUGUAUGUGGUGAUACAAUUGUUUUCUCAUGAUAUUUUACAUGAAUAUUUCUGUUACAUUUCCAAAAAAAAAAAAAAAAAAUUAUGUAAAUAUAAUUACAAUGUGUUUGAAAAAGCACACCAAUUUGAAAUAAACAGCUUGGUUAAAUGUCUUAUGUAUAUAUUAAACAAAAUAAAUCACUUGAAAAAUAA